CUUUAGAGGCUUGUGAUUCUACUGCUUCUUAUUCACACAAUACAUGUCUCACCAAUAGAAGAUUCAAAAACAUCAUUUAAAUACACAAUUUUUCAUUCUCUUUUUUUGCUAAAUUUCUUCAUACUCAACUUUCAGAUUCUUUAAUCUCCAGCCCAGCUCCAACAAUUCAACGCUGUGCUUUCUGAAAACGUACACAUCGUGCCUUCUCUACUUCGCUCUUGGAACAUAAUUUCUCAUGGCAGUGUUUAAGACCACUCUGUGGAGGUUAAUUUCUGGGACCUUAGGGAUAAUAUGCCUUUCGUUGAUGGCUACGUUGGGAAUUUUGUUGAAAAAUUCUUUUACUAAACUGAGUAUUGAGCCAGCAUUUACUCCAGGACCCAAAAUAGAACUCCAGAAAGACUCUGACUGCUGUUCUUGCCAAGAAAAAUGGGUUGGGUACCGAUGCAACUGCUAUUUCAUUUCUAGUGAACAGAAAACUUGGAACGAAAGUAGGCAUCUCUGUGCUUCUCAGAAAUCCAGUCUGCUUCAGCUUCAAAACACAGAUGAACUGGAUUUUAUGAGCUCCAGUCAACAAUUUUACUGGACUGGACUCUCUUACAGUGAGGAGCACACCGCCUGGUUGUGGGAGAAUGGCUCUGCACCCUCCCAGUAUCUAUUUCCAUUGCUUGAAACUUUUAAUCCAAAGAACUGCAUAGCGUAUAAUCCAAACGGAAAUGCUUUAGAUGAACCUUGUGAAGAUAAAAAUCGUUAUAUCUUUCUGCAGGGCUGGAGAAGCCUCAGGAAACUCACAGUAAUGACAGAAGGGAAAGCAAGCACAUCCUUCUUCACAUGGCAGCAGAAAGGAGAAGUGCUGAACCAAAGGAAAAAAAGCCUCUUAUUAAAUCAUCAGAUCUAGUGAGGACUCACUCACUAUCAUGAGAACAGCAAAGAGGUAACCACCCCCCAUGAUUAAAUUACCUCCUACCAGUUCCCUCCCACGAUACGUGAGGAUUAUGGGCACUACAAUUCAAGAUGAGAUUUGGGUGGGGACACAGCCAAGCCAUAUCAGUUAGUGACAUCUGUAUUCCAUAUUGCAUGCAUAAGAAAGUGAGUUAUUUUACAACUGAACUGGGACAGCUCUUUGCUUAUUUCCUGAGAUGCCUAGGUGUCUGUUUUUGACUCUUGGCCAUGAUAUGGGCAGUAGGCUAACUAACUAGCUAACUAAUGGUUUAUAGUGAGUUCUUUAAAGUUCAAAAUCCCUCAGUGGAAUCCAGGGUCAAUUUGUUUAUUGAUAGCUUCCAUAUGAGAUAAUUACAGAUCUUGUCCCUGCUAUGUGACCAGACACAGAUAAAAGACUUCAAGAAAUUUCAGUUUCAGCUCUUCUGAAACCAAGUUUCAUCACACAAAUAUUAGGUUUCAUCCAGAGAUGAAUGAUGUCUUUGUGCAAAUAUCUCUUGGUCCCACACUGCUUAUUUGAAUUCUCUUUCUCAUACUGUAUCAUAUUCCUUUCACUUAUUAAAAGCUUUUCAUGGCCAGGCGCGGUGGCUCAAGCCUGUAAUCCCAGCACUUUGGGAGGCUGAGGCGGGUGGAUCACGAGGUUAGGAGAUCGAGACUAUCCUGGCUAACACGGUGAAACCCCGUCUGUACUAAAAGUACAAAAAAAUUAGCCGGGCGUGGUGGCAGGCACCUGUAGUCUCAGCUACUCAGGAGGCUGAGGCAGGAGAGUGGCGUGAACCCUGGAGGCAGAGCUGGCAGUUAGCCAAGAUCGCGCCACUGCACCCCAGCCUGGGCGACAGAGCGAGACUCUGAAAAAAAAAAAAAAAAAAGCUUUGCAUAAGUAUGCUCAUUAGAACCUUAUAAUUCAUUUCAGUUAUCUACACCUGGAAAUGUUAGUUCUAUAAUUUUGGACUUUCUGAAACUUUUC